AUGGGCAAACACGCACGCAAGCGGCAGCGGACAGGCAGAGCACAACAUGAAGAGGUGCAUCCCCUAGGUACCGUGGCCUCCACUCAUGACGAUGCCGGCAAAGACGACGAGGAGCGCAGGCUGGAGAGCAUGCUCUUCGGCACGCCUUACGUUCCAUCCCAAAAGCAGAACAAAAAUAUACUAGUAGUGUCCGAUGAGGAUGGGGAGGACGUGCAGGAGGAGAGGGGCGGGAGGGAGCUUGAGCAUUUAUUAGAUACGGACCUUUUCUUCGUAGACGAUGCGAAUCCAUUGGGUUCGGGGCUUCAUGCGCAAGAGAAGGUAGAGGACGAUGAUAGCCGGGAGGAGUCCAAUGCUGAGGCCUCAGGGAGCGGUAUUUUGGGCGAAGAGGAUGAGUCGGGCUCGGACGACGAGGAAGAAGAAGCGGGGGACACUGGAGCUGCAGUGAAGGACAACACAGAUCCCCCCAAGGGUCGCAAGGCACCAGCAUGGACAGACCCGGACGACCAGCAAAUACAGGUAUCCCUCGCAUCCAACAAACGACUCCGGAAGCUCCGCGAUGCGCCGACGGAGGACACGGUCGGCGGGCGCGAAUACGAGCGCAGGCUGCGCAGGCAGUUCGAGAAAAUCAACCCUACGCCCGAGUGGGCGAUCAAAGCGCGGAAAAAGCAGGCGAAGCGGCGGCGCGCGUCGGUAUCGGAUGGUGAGGAUGAGCGAGCGGAUGUGGAUGAUUUGUUGGCGUCAACAGAUGGGAUCCUGAGCGGCGCGAAGAAGUCGAGGGUGCUGCCGCAGGGCACGCUGGCUAUCGAGCGCCUGCGUGACGCGAAUAUUACCGCGAAGGCGGAGGGCGAGGUGAAGGCGAUCCAGUUCCACCCAUCGCCGCGGAUACCGGUCAUGCUCACCGCCAGUACCGACCGCCGACUACGUCUGUUCAAUAUCGACGGCCACUCGAACCCGCACCUCCAGACCCUCCACAUCCCCUCCCUCCCGCUGACCAACGCGCUCUUCCACCCCGACGGCUCUUCCGUCCUCCUCGUCGGCCCCCGCCCCUUCUACUACACCUACGACCUCCAAUCCGGCACCUCCCGCCGCUCCCCGCGCGGGCUCUGGGGCACCACCUUCACCAACAACACCAACGCUGCCGAGAGCAUGGAGACGUGUGCGUUCAGCCCCGACGGCAGCGUGCUCGCCGUUGCGGGCCGCCGCGGCGCCGUGCACCUCGUCGACUGGCAGAGCGGCGGCGGGCAGGUGGUCGGCAGCGUGAAGAUGAACGCGGGCGUGAAGAGCGUGUGGUGGGCGAGGGGCGGGGAGGGGCGCGAGCUGAUGACGCUCAGCCAGGACUCAGAGGUGUAUGUCUGGGACGUGGGCGAGCGGCGGUGUGUGCGGCGCUGGAGGGAGGACGGGGGGUUCGGGAGCCAGGUCAUGGCGGGCGAUAAUGCGGAUCGGUAUCUGGCUAUUGGGUGA